AUGAGUUCCGAGGGAGAUAAAUAUGAUGCUGCAUUGGAUUUAUUACGUCGAUUAAAUCCUGUGAAGAUAAACUCGAAUCUUCAAAACGUAAUUAAUUUAGAACCAACUUUGGCUGAAGAUUUAUUAUCAUCAAUUGACGUUCCUUUAAAGAUCUCUAACGACCCAGGUUUCUCUAAUCGUGAGUAUCUUUGCUGUGACUACAACAGAGAUUUGGACUCAUUCAGAUCGCCUUGGUCAAAUGAAUAUUUUCCUAAAUUAAGUGACGACGUUUUGAUGGAUAGUCCAUUCCCAUCGGAAUCCCUAAGACAAUUGGAAAUUCUAUGCAAUGACUCAUUUGAUGUCUAUAGAGACCUAUAUUACGAAGGUGGUGUGUCCAGUGUCUACCUUUGGGAUUUAGAAGAUGAUGAAAACGCUGAAGAUUUUGCAGGUGUCGUGCUUUUCAAGAAAAGUAACAAGAGUAAAAACCAUUGGGAUAGUGUGCAUGUCGUAGAAGUAGUCAGCACAAAUGGUAACACUUUCCAAUAUAAAGUGACUACAACAAUCAUUCUUCAAUUAGAAAAAGAUGAUAGUGAAUCACAGAAAUUGCUACGAUUGUCAGGAAAUUUAACAAGACAAACUGAAAAGACCUUGUCUGUGGAUGCUAACUCUUUAGAACAAACGCAUAUUGCCCACGUCACCAACUUGGGUGUUCUAAUUGAAGAUGUCGAAUCUCAAAUGAGAAAUCUCUUGGAAACAGUCUAUUUCGAGAAGACAAGGGACAUUUUCCACCAAGUCAGAAAUGGUGCCACCAUUGAAGACCAACUUAACCAAACCGCACAUGCUGAAGUCAUCAAGGGUCUACAAAACUUGUAA